AUGGCCGAUAACACUUUGUAUGAGCUGCUCGGAGUCAGUAGACAUGCAACAAUUCACGACUUGAAGAAGGCUUACAGAAAGUUGGCAAAAGAGUUUCACCCAGAUAAGAACCCACAUACAGGUGAAAAGUUUAAAGAAAUCAGCUUUGCUUAUGAGGUGCUGUCCAACCCAGAAAAGCGUCAGCUCUAUGAUAGGUAUGGACUGGAAGCAGUUAGAGAAUCCGGAGGUGGCCCAGGUGGUGGGUUCGGGGGCUUUGGCGGCAGCAUGUUUGAUGACAUCUUUGGGGGGCUUGGAGGAUUCUUUGGUGGUGGCUUCCGGGGUUUUGGCAUGGAGCCAAUGGGAGGCAUGAGACGGAGAAGAGGCGAGGAUACACUUCAUCCACUCAGGGUUUCAUUAGAAGAUCUGUACAUUGGCAAAACCUGCAAGCUUCAGCUCAGUAAAACCAUUGUAUGCAGGAAAUGUCAUGGCCUUGGAGGAAAACAUGGUGCCACUCAGCCAUGCAGAAAAUGUAACGGUCGUGGUAUUCAGAUACAGAUGCGGCAGUUAGGACCGGGGAUGGUACAGCAGCUGCACACUACAUGUUCAGACUGUCAUGGUGAAGGGGAGGUUAUCAGGGAGAAGGACAGUUGUAGUGAAUGCCGAGGCAGGAAAGUGUGCAAGGAAACAAAGAUACUUGAUGUUCACUUGGAUAAAGGCAUGAGAAGUGGACAGCGGAUACCCUUCCGGGGAGAAGGAGACCAGCAGCCCGGAGUGGAGCCAGGGGACGUUAUCAUAGUUCUACAGCAGGAGGAGCAUGACGUCUUCACCAGAAAGGGGAACGACCUUGUCAUGGAGCGUGAUAUAUCCCUGGUGGAGGCGCUGUGUGGGUUACAGUUUCACUGUCAAACACCUGGACGGCCGGGACCUGAAACCCCUUUGAAAAGGGUAAAUUUGAUCAUCAACUUUAAAAUCUUGUUUCCGGAAAACAAUUUUUCCGGGCUGGAGCAGUUACAGGUAAGAAAUCCCCACCGGGAACAUGUGGAGGAGGUGAAUCUAACAGCGUUUGAUUCAAGCCGAGGAUUUGGGGGCACCACCGGAGGUAGGCAGGAAGCAUACCAUGAAGACGACGGUGACGAAGAUAGCCACGGACAUUCAGGCAUGCAAUGUCAUCAACAGUAG